UGCACAAACUACAUAAGAGUUACAUGCAGAAUGCAUGCUACAAAAUGUGAAUGCUGUUCGUAUCAUAUGAGUGUACAAGGCAACCAUGUGAACUAUCGGGGGAAUACUGCGUGAGGAAAUAAGUAUGUUUCUCAUUAAUACAUAUCUCUAUAUAGCGAACUUAUUAAAGAUAUAAAAAUAAGAUCUCAAAUAGUUUAGCAUGACCUACAUUUCUAUCGAAGCCACGCAAGUUUCACGGUCGAUAAGACUCAUUGACUCAUCGCGAGUCAAGAUUAAACUUUAAUAUAUCAGCGUGGUUACAAACCGAAAGUUGUUUAAAGUAAAGUAGUUUUUAAAGUUAAGAUGGAUGAAAAAGCGCGAAUUUUGCACACCAAUUUGAAAACAUAUAUAAAGGAUGAAAUAGAAACAGGAAGUGACCAAUACCACGCGUUUGUGGAGAGUAUGAAAGGAUAUGGCGUCCCCAAAGGAAGAUUAGCAAACGCCAAAUCAUUGUAUGACAAAUUUGUGUUGUUGGAAAACGUCGGUAAACUUGGUGUAGGGAAUUAUGACAGCCUUCGCCAGAUGGUUAAAAGUAGCGGACUUGACGAACUUCUACCGAAAAUAAACGAGACGGACAAUGAAAUCAAGAAGCUGCGGGCUGAUUCAGGUGAAAGUACGGGCCACAUUGCCCGGAAACGGCAGCAUGACCAUUCAACAGGAGACGCAAGACUCCCAGAGGCGAAGCAGUCCCGUGUUGAUGCAGCUGAAGACGACCCUCUCUGGACGCGAGACAGUGAAGGAAGAGGACGCUACGACACCAGGGGCAAGAAAGGGUACCUGCUGAUAGUCAACUACAGCGACAAUAGAAAAGGUUCGACACGUGAUGUCGAAAUUCUACAAUCCUUCUUUAGAGAAGUGGAUUUCGAAGUGGACGAAGCUUCUAAUCUUACUCUGCGUGAACUUGAACAAAGAUUUACUGACGUGAAACAGCGACUGAAUGACACCAUUGCCAAAGACAACUUGUACUGCUUCGUAUGUGCCAUAAUGGGCCAUGGAAACAAGGAUGGAAUAGCCACUGCUGAUGGUAAAAUGAUUUCGGAGGAGACAAUCAGAAAAAGGUUCACCAACAACUAUAUUCCUAAUUUUGCAGGUAAGCCAAAGGUAUUUCUGAUACAAGCCUGUCGUGGGACGGAUUUGCAGGAUGGCGAGCAGGUUGAGGAUGACGACAUCAGUGACGUCACAGCCAAGAACAAUGAUGUCAUUGAGGAUGAUAUCAUUGUUACUGUUCCGAACGACGCAGACACACUUAUUGCCUUCUCAUCCACACCAGGAUAUAAGUCAACACGAAUGACGGUAAGCGGGAGCUGGUUCAUCACCACAUGUGUAGAGGUGUUCAGGCAGUUCUACAAGACUGACCAUCUGGAGGACAUGCUGGUCACUGUCCGGGAACGGGUCGCACAGAAGGAAAGGGAGCAUUCCAAGAAACAGAUGCCGUGUGUGUGGACCUCGCUAACCAAACGAUUGUUUUUCAAGAAAACGUCUUAAAUGCUUACACACAGCUGGUUCUUCAAGCUAUAUAAAGAGGGGUAGUUUCUCAUUUAUAUGUGUUCCUUUCAAGCUCAAUGAAAACAUCGAACGAUCUCAACGCUAGUAAGAUGGUCAAAAGAGGCUGAAAAGACUCCAAAGUCAAGGAUAGGAAUAAUUUUUAAGUAAAAUGGUAUGCGAAGUCUUUCACAUGGAUUUGAUAAUGUAAAAUCAUUCAAACAAAAAGCAAUCUUAAAACAUUUUCAAUUCUUUAAGCUUCGAAUCAUUUAUGGAUGCAAUUAACUGUAUUGUUUAUUUUUUGUACUUCAUAUCAUAUUGCACUUAUUUGCAUAAACAUGUUUAUGAUGAAAAAAUAUUGGUCAAACCUAUGAUUUUAACUAAACCAAAGGUUUCUUAGAAGUUAUUUUAGCGACUUACACCUGUGUACGGAACUUGCAGUGGGAAAAUGUACACAGACGUAAACAGCUGUAGAUAGUGUACAUAAAUAUAUAUAAAUAUUGUG